AUGGCCGAACUCCCUUCAAACGUCCACGUCUCUCAGCAUCCCAGCUUGCUGGCCAAGCUCAGCCAACUGCGAUCCAAAAGCGCCAGCCCGCGCGAUGUCAAGUCCUUGGUCCACGAGAUCGCAUUAAUCCUCUCCUGCGAGGCCGUCAGCUCCGCCAUAAAACCAGCCAGCGGUCCAAAGGACCAAACUCCCCUGGGCUUCGAAUACACAACCGUCGUUGCUGAACCGAGCAAUAUCUGCAUCGUUCCAAUCCUGCGAUCCGGUCUCGGCAUGGUCGAAGCCGUACAAACCAUGCUUCCUGCUUCAGUACCGGUCCACCACCUCGGCAUGUACCGCGAGCCCUCAACACUCGAUCCCGUCGAAUACUACAACAACCUCCCCCACCAUCCCUCCGGCCCCGACAGCGGCAGAGUCGCCAUCAUCGUCGACCCCGUCAUCGCUACUGGCGGUACAUGCGCCGCCGCCAUCCAAACGCUGCGUGAAUGGGGCGCUAAAAAGGUUAUUGUUUUGUCAGUCUUGGGUGCUCAGGAGGGUGUUCAGAAGGCUGCUGCCGAGUGGCCCGAGAGUACGGAGAUUUGGAUCGCAGGCGUGGACAAGGAGCUGACGAAUGGCGGCAUGAUUAAGCCUGGUCUGGGCGAUGUUGGAGACCGUCUGUUUUUGACGAUUGGCAAAUAG